GCGCGUCGAGCACGUCACCAAGGCCAACCUCUGCGCCCGGUCCCCGGUCUUCCGGACCAUGUUCGGCAUCGGCAUGAGGGAGCGGGACGCCGCCGAGGUCACGGUGGCCCACACCGACCUCGCCAGCUUCACCGCCCUCGUCCGCUACCUCCUCACCGACCAGUUCGACCUCGGCGAAGAGGAGGGCAGGGCGCAGCGCGCGCUCGACCUGCGGGAGCUGGCGCAGAUGUACCAGGUGCCGCGCCUCGAGCUGCUCUGCGCGCAGGCGCUGCAGGAGAGCGUCGCGCCGGCGACCGCCGUGCCGCUGCUCGAGGCGGCGCACACGAUGGGCGACGGGCGGCUCCGCGCGCAGUGCCGCCGCUUCGUGGCCGACCACGCCGCCGAGGUGCGGGCGAGCGGCGGCGUGGAGCAGCUGCGCGACUUUGGCGUGGCCAAGGGGCUGCUCGGCGACGCGCUCGACCAGGUGGCGGAGCUGAAGGGGACGGUGGCGGUGCUCAAGGUGACGGUGGCGGCGCGCGACGUGGAGCUCGAGAAGGUCCGGGCGGAGGUGGCUGAGCGGGCAUGAGUGAGGGGCAGCGCCCCACGCCCUGCUCGCUCGCUCGCCGCUUGCCACCAGU